AUGGCUCUAAAACUCUGCGGCUCGCCAAUUUCCACUCGCACGCGCACUGUGGCGGCUACGUGCAAGGAGCUCAAUGUCCCGUACGAAUUUGUUAACGUCGACUUGGCUGGCGGCGAGCACAAAACGGCUGAGUUCACUGCCGCACAUCCAUUUAGCCAGAUCCCCUACAUCGACGAGGACGGUUUUAAGCUGUUCGAGUCGCGCGCCAUCUCGCGCUACCUCGCAAAGAAAUAUGCUGGAGAUAACACAAAGUUGAUUCCUACUGGUCCGAAGGAGGAGGCUCUUUUUGAGCAGGGCGUCUCGAUCGAGUCGUCCAAUUUCUAUCCCUCAGCCAUAGGAUAUGCGUCGGAGAAAGUCUUCAAGCCGUACAAUGUUCAAUAUGACUCCCAAACCCGUGCGGCAGAUUGCCUUGCGACCCUCAACGUCAAGCUUGAUGCGUACGACGUUCUACUGGGCAAGCAGAAGUAUAUCGGCGGCAACGAAUACACCCUCGCGGAUAUAUUCCGCCUCGCGUAUGGUGCACUGGCCCUAAUUCAGGGUGGUCAAGUUGCGCUCUUCGAGUCGCGUCCCAGCGUGGCUAGGUGGUGGAAAGAUAUCUCCAACAGGAAAGCUUGGCUGGAAGUUAUUGAGAAGGGUGUGUAA